AUGGCGACGACGGCCCCCGGACAAGAUGUAUCGGAGCCAUUCCUCCAAAGUCGCUCGCCGGCGGCUACAACUACCCCGAGUAGCAGCACAAAGCGCAGCGAAAUUGCCGUGGGAGAACCAUUGAGCCAUGGCCCAGCAAGGCCCAGCGGCCCAGGACAUCGGCUAGCAUACUUUUGGAUGCGCACAGCGGUCGUGGUACUGGUCCCCGUGGCCAUCACAGCCUUCUACCUGUGGAUCUGGCUAUACUGCUUGCGAGAAAGCAGCCCAGCCAAGUAUGCGGCGUUUGAUCAAGUUUGGAUCUACUACAUGUGGUUCCUCAUUGGCGUCUUCGGCCUGGAUAUCUCUCGUCACGGCCUGUUGGGAGUCGAGGCGGCCAUGCUUCAGGCUCCCUUCUGGAAGGCGCGCAGCGCCAUGGUCGUCCUGAUGCACAGCGGCGCCACCUGGAGCGGACCCGGGGGAUGGCGCGCCCGUCUUUGGAACGUGCUGCGGGAAAACGCUCCUGGGCGGUUAUGGCACGCGCUCGCCCUCCUCAGUGUCAUGCCCUUUGCUGCGUUCCCGUUGUCCGGGCUGACCAUGGAGCUGGCCGACGGCUGGGUUCCUGUAAAGACGCCAGCAACGGUCGUCGGCCGGACCUGGGCCGACUUCAACCUGCGGAAGCCCUACCAGACUGUCAACCGAGGAAUCGCAGCUUGGGCCAACGGACUACCAGCCCGGCUCCCAGGCAUCGGCUUGGUGUACACGCCCCCGUAUGUUCCCCGCGACCAGUACGUGUCUCUCGCCUCUUUUCCCAACUCUCUUCCCGCCGAGGGUCAGAUUCCUGGACUCUUCCUCGCUCCCCAGGCAGAGACUCCCGUAGGAGGGAGGACAUGGGGCCUGCUGGUAGGGUACAACUGCUCCGUCGUCGAGUCCGCAUCCGAGUUCACCAUACUGCACCAAAAGUCCUCCUCUGCGACAAAGGUCAUGGACGGCCUCCGCGCCUUCGCACAGACCGCCGGGCAGAAAACACUCGAGCUCUCCGUCUCUAGCGCUUCCAACUCGUCCAUCAAUGUCUUCAACCUUACCAUAGGUCUUGAAACCGGACGGAACUUGUGGGCGUACGCAGAAAUGGGGCUGAGCAGGCGCCCCGUGCUGGGCUACGAUGGUACCGAAUACCCUUUCGCAGACCAGGAGAGCACCGCAAGCGGAGAGGCCGACAUUUUGGAAUAUGCUUUGUGGCAGGUUCGACUUAAUGCUUCCUAUUCUGAGGCCGACGAGAUGAUUGCGUUUAAUGACUCGACACGCCCGUCCAUCGCCGGGAUGGGCCAUCCCUUUGUUCGGCAGCCUGACGGCAAGUAUGCGAUGAACCGCACAUUCUUCGCUUGGGGACACGACCUGGCGAGCGGCCCGAGCAACGACAACAUUGAGAGCUAUGCAAAUGUCUCCGAGAUUGGAAGGACAAUUCGGUCCCUUGCAGAGCCAAUUGGCGUUCGGUGUCGCCGCGUCUCGAGCCCAGGGGAAGCCAGUCUGGACGUGAAGCGGAGCGAGUUCACCUCCUUCGAGCCAUCCCCAGCGCCCCUGUUCAACCGCAGCACCAUGGAGAUGGAGACGUUCCGCUUCGGCGCCGCGGCAGCCCACAUCCUCGCGGGCCGGUACCUCGAGCUCUUCACCUCGGUGAACGCGCCCCCGCCGCUGGCCUACUCCAACUCGGUGGCGUACCGAAACUUCGUGCAGCCCAAGACGCUCCUCGAGGCCGUCAUGAGGGCGCAUGCCGUCGACGCGCUGCAGCUCAUGUACGACGGCGUCGGGACCAUGGACGGGGCGCGCCUCGACCCGAACCUGACGGCGACGCAGCGCGGCAAGAUCCUGGAGCGGGGACGCGUGCCCGCGGAGGUGGCUGCCGUCCUGUUCCUCGUCUGGGCCGCGGGGUGUCUAGCUCUCGGGCUGGGGUACGGGUUCCGCCGUCGCUGGUCCGCGACGCUGGACGGGUAUAGCUUGUUUCGCUUCGGGGCGGAUCUCGCGGACGAGCUUCGUGGCGCGCCGGGGUUUUCGAGCGUGGCGCCGUUUGACCAGUGUAACAAGCUGUCCCGACUUCCUGGCCUGGUGGGUGACUCGGCUGUCGAGUUUGAUGUUGGCCAUGUUGGGCUUGUCGAGUCGAGUAGCGUUGCCAACCCGGGCAAAUUCUAUGAUUAG